AUGGAAAAGGAGCGUAUUCCCGAAGGUCAAGUUAUCCUGGCAACUGCUUUAGUUUUGGUUAAAGAUUCAUCAGGAGGUUUUCAGUUGGGAAGAGUUUUACUUGAUUCAGGGUCUCAGGUCAAUUUUAUAAAUGAGAAAUUCGCAAAUUCACUUGGUUUACAAAUAGACAAGAAGAUCGUGGACAUCGUAGGAAUUGGUACAACAGAAACAAAAACAAAACAUCAAACACAAACUACGAUUCGAUCAAGAUAUUCCAAUUUUGAAAUUUCCUUGGAGUUUUUAGUAGCCCCAUCUAUUACGGGAUAUCAGCCUGAAGCAGCACUUAAUGUUAGUGGUUGGAAUAUUCCGAUUAGUUCUGAACUAGCAGAUGAGAGUUUCAACCGACCUGGUCAAAUAGAUUUGUUGUUAGGGGCAGAAGCAUUUUUCGAGUUGCUCGAAUCAGGUCAAGUUAAAUUGGAAAGUCAUGCUUCGUCAAUUCAAAAGAUAGAACUAGAAGAGAUUCAGUAUCUUAAAUGCAAAUGGUCAGAGGAGCAAAUUGAAUGUGAAAAUCAUUUCAUAAAAACAGUAGAGGUUCUUCCAAGUGGUCGUCUUAUGGUCCAAUUGCCUUUGAAGAAAGAUCCUUCUUGUCUUGGAGCUUCUUAUGACAUAGCAUUUCGAAGGUUUUUAUCUCUGGAGUGCAGAUUAUUAUCUAAAAAUAUUGCUUUGAGAACACAAUAUGUAGAUUUCAUGAAAGAAUAUGAAGCUUUAGGUCAUAUGUCGCUGGUAACUAAUCCAAAUCUUGAGCAAACUCAUUAUUAUUUGCCACAUCAAUGUGUAGUGCGUCCCGAUAGCGUUUCUACAAAAUUACGCGUAGUCUUCGACGCGUCUUGUCGCACUUCUUCGCAAAUUUCCUUAAACGGAAUCCUUAUGGUUGGCCCUACAAUACAGGACGAACUUCUCAUAACAUUGCUUCGCUUUCGACUAUAUAGAUAUGCCUUGACUGCAGACAUCGUCAAAAUGUAUCGACAAGUCUUGGUACAUCCAUCGCAAAGAAGUUUGCAGUAUAUUUUGUGGAGAGAGAAUUCACAAACUCCAGUUAAAACUUAUCAAUUAAACACCAUCACAUAUGGUACUUCAUCGGCUCCGUUCCGCUUCAGUUUAGGUGCUUCAUGUCUUAGCAACGACUUUUAUGUGGACGACAUGCUAACUGGGGCAGACGAUUUAGAAACGUUAACUCGCAAAAGGAACGAAGUAGUUUCCAUCCUGAAUUCUGCUGGGUUAGAGCUGUCGAAAUGGAAUAGCAAUCAUUUUUCUUUGAUUCAAGAAGCUACAAGAAAAGAAAUUAAGCUUACCGAAUCAAAUUUAACUAGUACUUUGGGUAUAGCUUGGAAUCCUAGUACGGACCAAUUUAGUUUUUCGUAUAAACCCAACCAUACCUAUACAAAGUAUACCAAGAGAUCAAUUCUUUCACUGUCAUCUUCACUCUUUGAUCCAAUGGGUUUGCUAAGUCCCAUCAUAAUCCGAGCAAAAAUAGUUCUCCAGCAGCUUUGGAUAGAAAAGCUGGAUUGGGAUGAAUCCAUUCCAGAAGCAAUUGAAGCAGAGUGGCGUCAAUUCAUCACUGAUCUUCACUCACUCCAAAAUUUGGAUAUUCCUCGAUAUGUUUUUCUUGAAAACAAAAUAAGUUGUGAAGUCCAUGGUUUUGCAGACGCGUCAAUGAAGGCUUAUGGAUGCUGUAUAUAUUUGCGAAGUUUAGAUUCCUUUGGGUCAGUUAAUGUGAAGCUGUUAGUCGCAAAGUCUCGAGUUGCACCCGCAAAAAAGAGACAACUUCCUAGACUCGAACUUUGCGCAGCACACCUUCUAGCCAAACUCUGGGUCAAAAUUCAAAAAAUUGUAGAUUCAAACUACUCGAAGGCGUAUUUCUGGACUGAUUCGACAAUUGUGUUGCAUUGGAUUUCUACUCAUUCGUCGAAACUAAAUACGUUUGUUGGAAAUCGAGUUGCAGAAAUCCAGGAUACGACAAAAGAGGUCGUUUGGAGACACGUCCCAACACACGAAAAUCCGGCAGAUGUGGUUUCGCGAGGAUGCACGGUAGAUGAGAUUAAAAAUUCCCUUUGGUUUGAAGGUCCAUCAUUUCUGGUGAACGAAGAAGAAGAAUGGCCAUCCACAGCAGAAAUCCAUCUUUCUCCAGAAGAAACUUCAUUACAAAAGAGACAAACGGUUCUAAGUUGUCAACAGCUCGAACCAAACUACUAUUUAGAUCUUAUAGAAAGAAUGAGCUCGUAUACAAAAUUGAUACGAAUCUUCGCAUAUGGCAAAAGGUAUCUCAACCUACGAGUAUGGGCGAUACCAUUUCCAAAUGAGUAUCUAACAGCUUACGAGCUAGAAAAUUCGCUAAAAAUCAUCGUUUAUAUAACUCAAAAGAAGUACUUUUCGGAAGAAAUCGAAGCAAUUAUUAAAAACAAAUCACUUAAAGGUUCUAUAAAGGCUCUAAGUCCGUUUAUCGAGGUUGAUGAUUUCAGUGGGAUUCGUUUGUUAAGAGUCGGAGGCCGAUUGAAGCAUGCAAACAUCCCAGAGGAAAGCAAGCAUCCACUUUUACUGCCAAAAGAUUGCAGUUUCACCAAAACUCUCGUCAGACAUCUUCACCUUUCAAAUUACCAUGCUGGUCCAAAGGCUCUUGUAGCGCUGACGAGACAAACAUUUUGGAUUGUCAAUGCUCGUGAGGUAGCAAGAUGGGUAGUUCGAAAAUGCCCACACUGUGCCAGAUACAGGCCAAAGUUGUUCGAGCAGGUAAUGGGAGAUUUGCCUGCUGCUAGAUUGACCCAAUCUCGCCCAUUUUUAUGUUGCGGAGUGGACUUUUGUGGUCCAAUAUACACUUAUUACAAAAUUCGUGGCAAGGUGCCAUACAAAACAUAUGUAGCUGUCUUUGUUUGUUUUUCAUCGAAAGCAGUCCAUUUAGAAGCUGUGUCUGAUCUUUCAGCUGAUGCCUUUAUAGCAGCCUUAAAAAGGAUGAUAGGUCGUAGAGGUCUCCCAAAAACCAUCCAUUGUGAUAAUGCGACAAAUUUUGUUGGCGCACAGUCAAAACUUAAAGAACUGCGUGAUAUGUUGUUCAAACGUUCUAACCAAGAAACUAUAGUUAAUUUUUGUACUAAUGCUUCCAUAAAUUUUCAUUUUAUGCCCCCCAGGGCACCUAAUUUCGGUGGAAUUUGGGAAGCGGCCGUAAAAGUAGCAAAAGGCCAUCUUUAUCGCAGUCUUGGCGGUGCAAAACUGAACUUUGAAGAGCUGACAACGGCACUGGUAGAGAUCGAGGCCAUAAUGAACUCCAGGCCAAUUACUCCAAUGUCUCCUGAUCCCAACGACCUAGAAGCCUUAACGCCAGCCCAUUUUCUCAUCGGGUCAUCCCUAAGAGCGAUUCCGGAAAUAGGCCUAGAAGUUUCCGACAUAAGUUAUCUGGAACGAUGGCGUCGAAUCAAUGCCGUCAAAACCCACUUCUGGAAGCGGUGGUCAUCAGAAUACGUUCUAGAACUCCAGAAUCGUGCCAAAUGGACUACUUCAAGGCCAAACAUCGAAGUUGGUAGUCUCGUCAUCAUCCAUGAAGACAAUUUGCCACCCCAAAAGUGGCUCUUGGGAAAAGUCGUCAACAUUAUCGAGGGUCCUGAUGGUCGUAUACGAGUCGCCGAUAUCAAAACGUCACGAGGAGAAUUUCGAAGGCCAAUUCGAAAACUAGCAGCGAUACCGUGUUGA